AUGCAUAAUAUUAUAUUAUUUCAGAAAAGUAUGAGUAUAGAGUUAAAAUGUCCAAAUACCAUUGAAUUUUAUCCAUUUGCUUAUGCAUUAUAUAAUGAAUUUUUGCAAAAUCAUUGUUGGUAUUGUUUAAAUGAAAAAGAAAAAAUUAAUUCUCUAAGUCGUUGUUCAGGAUGCCAUUUUGGAUUAUACUGUAAUACUGAAUGUCAAAGAUUAGGUUGGAAAGAUCAUAUAUAUGAAUGUAAAGCUAUUCAAAAAACAAAUGGUAAAGAGAUACCUGAUAUUGAAGUAAGAUUAUUAGGAAGAAUUGUUACUAGAUAUAAAUUAAUUUUAAAAAAAAAAGAUGUUAAAAUUAAUGAUUUUUAUAAAGAUAGAACAUCUAAUAGAAAUAUAAUGGAUAUUUGGCAUCAUAAAAAUGAAAUAAAAAAUGAUUAUCAUGCAAUGGCAAAAUUUAAUUCAAUUUAUGAAAAACUUAUAAAAUUUUAUGAUGAAUCUAAUUUACUUCCAAAAGAAGAUAUUUUUGAACUUCACUGUAGAGAUUUUAUAAAUCGACAUGCAAUAAGUGAUAAAGGUUAUUUAAAUGAAAUAGGAAAAGGUUUAUAUCUUGAUCUUUGUGCUUAUGAUCAUAGUUGUCGCCCAAAUACGAUUUAUGUUUGUAAUGGAUUUGUAGCAACAUUACGUCCACUUAAUUCAUCUGUUAAUCUUUUAGAUAAAUCAUCAACAUUUUAUUCUUAUAUUGAUUUAUUUGCUUGUAAACAACAAAGAAAAAAAAUGUUAAAAGAUACAUGGUAUUUUAAUUGUGAGUGUGAAAGAUGUAAAGAUGAUGAUGAACAUAUUCUUACAUCUAUGAUAUGUCCAAGCUGUGUUAAUGAUCCCAAACAAUAUAAACGUAUUCCAAUACAAUUAUGGGGAGAUAAACAUAAAAAAAAUGGUAAAUUAACUUGUCCAGAAUGUGGUACAAUUGUAUCACAAGAAUCAGUAUUGGAAGCAUUAAAAGGAAUGAGAUUUAUUGAAGAUAUUUUAGAAAGAAAAGAAAUUGAAGAAAUGUCUUCUAAAAAAGCUAUUGAUUUUUUGGAAAGUAUUUUAACAAAAUAUGCUACAAUUUUACCAACGGUAAACGUUUAUUACAUUAAAAUUGUUCAAGCAUUAAUUCCCCUUAUUGAUAGUGAUGAUACAGAAAAACUUUUGGAUUUACAUUCAAUGGCUGAAAAAUCAUUAAGAAUAUGUUUUCCUGAAAAUCAUCCUGCAAUAGCAUUUCAUUUAAGAAAUAUUGGAAUAUUUUAUCAACGUUUAGGAAAACUUGACAAAUCAAAAAAUUAUUUUGAAGAAGCUUUAAAAAUAUUACAAUUUUCUUUGUCUGAUGAUCAUUCAAUGACAAAAGAUGUUAAUAAACUAUUCAAUAGUGUAAAUGAUGAAAUUUUAAGAUUAAAUGAAAGCAAUGAUGAAAAUAUCAAAAUAAACUCUAACAUUAAUAGUGAUGAUGACUCAAUGACAAUUAUAAAUGAUAACUUUGAAGAUAUUAAUAUAAAAGAUUGCAAUCCCGAAAGUCCAAUAAAAGAAACAACUGUUUCAUCUAUUAAUGAUGAUGAAUUUCCUUUAAUGGAAUUGAUUAAUGAUAAUCAAUUUAAAGGAAAUAGAAAAUUAGAGACUCAAGAUUCAUUAACUGAAAUGUUUAAUGAAGAUACACUUGAUAUACCAAACUUAAUUUGA